GACUCAAAAUAAUAAUAUUGGGCAGUCAGGGGCAUAAAAGGAAAUCGAUCCCAUCCAAAUCCAACACCAUUCUCGAGGUUUCGCUUUUUUAUCCCAAAACGGACGUACACGACCUUCCACGUCAUCCACCUUUCCCAAUAUUGCCACCACACUGACACGGCAGCUUUAAUACUUCGCAAAUUCCCGCCCUUUUCUCCACACUGCACCACGACCCAACAGUACUUACUGCCACGUUACUAUCCGAAAUCUACUUUCCACGUGGCACCAUCACAUAACAUUACACACUGAUCGGGCGGGCUUGUGUUCAACAGAUCAGGAUUUUGCCUUCAACUAGAGUCUAGGACCCCACUAAAAAACGCCAGAUCCUUCUUCGCCACGCGCCUGUGGAAAACCGUACCUCUCCCAGAAAAUAUUUAUAUACUCGCAAUGACUUGCUUCUUUGGCAGUCGGCACCUUUUGGCAGCCUCUGCUUCUCUAUAAGGCGUACUCUCACUGCAAGAGAAAUGGAGGACACGUCAAAACGGCACCGCUACGACACGGCGGCCUCAGAGAACACGGUCGGUGUGAGCGACGACCUUUUGGCUUGGCUGUCCGUGGACGAGGACGCAGUUUCGCAGCUAAUGGAGCUCUUGGAGGACGACGCGGAGAAGGGCUCGGUAAGUUCUGCCACCACCGCAGGCUCCGUGAAGGCGGCAAAGGUGAGGUUUAUUGAAUACCCGUACUCGUUGCCGUUGAUUUUCCAGCCUUCGACGUCGUACGUCACCAUAAACGGAAACGAGGAGAGCUGCGGGUCGUCGUUCUCGGAGUCGGACUCAUCAGUGAUGGCUAGCGUGGAUAUGAGGGGGAUGCUAAGCAUUGGGAAGCGGCUAGCUCUGUUAGGAGCGGAGGCGUUUGCGUUGGGCGAAUGGAGCGUGGGGGAAGGGGCGAGGGAGGCAAGCGAAGAAGAGGCGCGUGGGUGGUCGGUUGUUUCCGGGGAAGGAGAAGCAAUGGACGGCUGUGAUGUGUUUGAAUGGGAUGAUAAAAUGCUAGAGAGGUUUCUGGGUGAAGAUUUAGAGCAGUGAAUAGUGGGGGUUUGUAAUUUCUUUUACGUCUUAAAAAAGAACUGUGAAAUGUGAAUAGAAUAUACGGAGAAAAGAAGGAAGAGAAGGCAAAAUUGUGGGGGGUCCUGUGCUGUAAACCCACUGUUUCCUUUAGUUUUGUAAACUUACCCAGAAAGUUGAACAGGAAUGAACGAGAGAAUAGUAGGAAAACACUUUAUUUUCAA